UAAAUAUUUCAAUUUUAUUUAAGUGAGAAAUAACAUUUAAUUAAUUUUUAAAAAAUAAAUACUUUUAAAAAAGUUGUAUUUAAAAACAUAUACUACUGUUGUAGUUAAUAAAUAAUUAUUGUUUGUUUGAACAAUUAUAUCGAAAAAUGUCAUAUCAAAACAUUUUAAAUCCAAUACAAUUAAAAGAGUUGGCUAAAAGUUGGAUCAAUGAGGACUUGUCGAGUUUUGAUAUGCAGGCACUGGUCUGCGAUGACAAAGAGGUUCGGGCAGUGAUACUAUGCAAGAGUGACGGUGUUUUAGCUGGCGUUCCCUUUGCUAACGCUAUAUUCAAUGAACUGGACUGUCGUGUCAAUUGGCUAACUAAAGAGGGCGAUAACAUAUCGUUAAAUGGUCAAAAAUCGGGAUCAGUUCAGAUAGCCUACGUUGACGGCAAAGCGCGAUCUGUACUAUUGGCCGAACGUGUCGUACUUAACGUAUUGUCCAGAUGUUCGGGUGUGGCCACUCAGGCUAGACAACUGAGACAAUCAUUGCAAACAAUCGGUUGGAAAGGUAUGAUUGCGGGCACACGGAAAACAACACCCGGAUUUCGUACAGUCGAAAAAUAUGGACUUUUGAUCGGAGGAGUAUCGCCGCACAGAUACGACUUGUCGACAAUGGUUAUGCUCAAAGACAAUCAUAUUGUCAUCAGUGGUUCAGUGAAGGCGGCCAUAAGUGCAGUCAGAAGUGUCGGUGAUUUUGUACCGAAAAUUGAAGUCGAGUGUCGCAACCCGGAAGAAGCCGAAGAAGCGGCACAAUUAGGCGCCGAUAUCAUUAUGUUAGACAACUUUGACGACCAAUUACUACUACAGACAGCGCAACAUAUAAAAAGCCAACACAAAGAUUGCUUGAUUGAGGCCAGCGGUGGUAUCAAUCCGGAUAAUGUCCACAAAUUUGCCAAUCAAUGGAUAGAUAUUAUAUCAAUGAGUUGCUUAGUUCAGGGCUACCCAACAGUUGAUUACUCGAUGAAAAUUCAAAAAUCUUUAUAA